AGAUCAACAGCUCGAGACAAGUUAUUCAUUUUAGUUUUGCGUUGAAUUUGUCUCUCUAUUAGUGCGUGGCACUGGAGCUCGUCACCGUGUCAAGCCUUGGCCUGUCUCUGCCCUCACUGGGAAGUUCCAUCGAUUGGAUCUCCCUCCUGAGUCUCCAGUUAAGCAGGUAAACUUGUCAAAGACCUUUCAGAAAAUUAUGUAUAAUUUAGCUGUGGAAUAUGUUUGGAGUGGAAUGACAACUUUUUAUUUGUCCUUAUUUAUAGUUUGUGCUGUUUGUGGGCGACUCGCAUCUGCGUGCGUUGGUUGACCGUUACGUAAGGAUGCCAGACGGUUGCCUUUCGUUUGGGUUCCUGUCUACGCCUGGGGCGUCUGCCGCUGAGCUCCGCACUGAGUUGCUGAACGCAGACAUCCCCAGAACUCCCGACAUCGUUUGCUUGCUGGCUCCAAGCAACAACCUCACGGCGACGCCCGGCAUCGAAGCGGCUGGAGUUGCCUUCGAUGGACUUCUGAGAGCUGCCCGCAGUCGAUGGCCUAAGGUGUUUGUGCUCGAUUUCCCUCCCCGGCUGGCGAGUGAAUUGGCACCGCAACAAUUCCUUCGAGAGGAGUUUCGUCGCGUUGCAGCAAAGAACGGUGUAGAGUACUGCGUCACAGCUGACCGCUUUCCGCUGGACUCGCGUGCCUUGUGGAGUCGUGAUGGGAUCCACCUGAGUGACGAUCUGGGGAUGCCGCUUCUCGCGAAGCUUCUGUGGCACUUCUCCUUUCGGCAGCUACAGUCACCUCUGCCUGUUACACCUCCGCCUGUGUCUCCUCCCAAGUCACCCCCGACUGUGAGACCCUUUGCUACCACCGUGGUUGUGAAGGGAGAGGUUUCACGUCCACGUCCCCUUGACCCCUUCAAGGAAACUGUCGUCGGACGUCGCGGAAAGCGCAGCCAACCUGAGUCCUGGGAUGCGCCUGAGGACUGGGAUCAGUCUUCCGUGCGGAUCCUUCCUCAUGAGGUUUGUGUGCCUCCUCUGGUCCUGAGGGAGUGCUUUGUCGUGCUAAACCCUAUCCGGUUUAGCACUGACAAGUUGGCUGCAAUGGAUCGCAUUGUUCCAUCCAACCUUGACGUCCCCAUGGGGAAUCGCUCAAAGAAACGGAAGGUGGCACAUGGAACCACGGCUGUGGUCUCCAAAGGAAAGAAGGCCCGCCUUGAGGCACUUCAAACUCCAGCAAGGAUUGCCAAACCUUCGAAGCUGGUACCUCCCCCUCGACCUGUUCCAGAAGCUGCUGUACCAGCUACUCUGGAGGGCGUACCUCCUCCUCGACCUGUUCCAGAAGCUGCUGUGCCAGCCACUCUGGAGGGCAGCGUCUUUGUGCAUUCGAGCAAGUUUGCUCAACCGGAGGGGGAUGACAAGACUCUGUGUGUUGAUGAGUGGCCGUUUCUUCAAACAGAGUUUUUUGAGCAGUAA